AUUAAAGACUGGAAUUGGGAAGAAGAAGGUAAUUAACUCUGCACAGUAUGGCGACUACGGUAAUUGUUCAACAACCAACAGCAGCUGCUGUUCCCGAUGAUCGGCUAAUGGUGACUGACAUUAAAGGUCAUAGAGAGUGGAGUACGGGGCUGUUUGACAUCUUCUCCGAUAUCAAAACGAGCUUACUUACAUUCUUCUGUGAAUCAUAUGUCAAGUGUAAUUUGGCCACGAGGACCGGCGAGGGUGGCUGUAUGCCUUUCUGUGUUACUGGAGCAAUGACCAUCAUGAGGAGCAGAAUAAGAACCAUCGGGGGAAUCAAGGGUUCCGCAUUUAAGGACUGUAUGGUAAUAACUUUCUGUCAACCAUGUGCAAUAUGCCAGAUGAAUCGAGAACUUGACCACAUGGGUGUUCCAUAAUUUUGAACAAAGAACUUUACUCUCUUUCAUAACUUCUAAUUUUUAUCUACAA